UGUUUUACCCAGAGAUGAGCAAAGAAACUAUCAUUUCCUGAAGCUAUAACUGCAACUGCAGUUCUAUUUUUCAUCUCUUCAACCAGAUUGCAACCUGCAGUCAAGCUGCAACCGUUUCUACACUUUCUACACUUUCUACAACGAUUUUGAGACAAGGAGUUUUCAAUGUAAGACCGACAAGGAUGAUUUGCAACAGUACAAACUAUGCAGAACUGUUCCAAUAUAUAAUAUACAUUCCUACGUUCAUCUUUGGACUACUAUUUAAUAUGAUAGCUUUGUGGGUAAUAUGCUGCAAGUUGCAGAAAUGGACGGAGACUACAAUUUACAUGACAAACCUGGCUGUGUCAGACAGCCUAUUGCUUAUUUCCUUGCCUUUCAAAAUGCAUAGCAUCAGAUGUCCUCAGGCAUUUGAUUUGAAAACCUGUUCAUUUCUGACAGCUCUGUAUACCAUAAACACAUAUGUAAGCAUUUAUAUAGUUGCCUGCAUAAGUCUAGAUCGAUAUAUUGCAAUAAGUCAUCCUUUCAGGGCAACAACCCUCAGGUCGACAAUGAAAGCAGUAAUAAUAUGUGGUACCAUCUGGAUUCUCGUUGUACUAUGUUGUGGUCUCACAUUUGCUUUAGAAGAUUCCGUGGAUAAUAAUGGCACACUUAACAAUCCCAAAUGCUUUCGAAGAUCAGAUGAUGUGCAUGAGGAAAUUUACGUCUUUGUUUUUAUUGAGACAAUAGGAUUCAUUAUCCCAUUGACUAUUGUGACUUUUUGCUCAUUUCGGAUUAUCCGAACCCUUCAGCAAAGGAAACGUUGGAAUCCCAGAACAGCCGUGACAGAAAGAACCAUUCGCGUUGUUACAGCAAAUCUAAUAACUUUUAUAAUUUGCUUCACACCAGUGCACGUUGGAAUGUUUGUGAAAUUUAUGAAGGGUACAACAAACAUGAAUAUCAACUUACUUUUUCAAUUCUGCGUGUGCAUAGCCGCCACAAAUUGCUGUUUCGAUGGAAUGUUUUAUUAUUUUGCUACUGCAGAGAUCCGUGAAUUGUAUAACAAUGGGAAUAAUAUCCAAACAAGUUGGAAUGUGUACAAUACAGACUGAGUGACUGAACAGUCGGAGCACCUGUUUUGUAGUAAUUGUAAUGAAUUUUCAAUCGAACCAUUAAGGGUGUGUCUGAAGGAGCAUUUUGUGUGCACGUGUGUGAGUG